AACUCACCCCGCUAAACAUUUUUCAGGCAACGGACCAAUCUUACAAGGAUCGGAAGCCCAAACUGGAGCCAUAUCACAAUACUGCGGCAGCUUUGUGAGACACAUGAGUACAAGUGCAUCCUGCUUCAUAAUUUGAUCACAACGCCUUAGCUCACUGUCAAUUCUCAUUGAGACAUUCAAUUCGACUCGACACACCGAUUACAGAUCUGGUCUGCUCUUUCAAGCCAAGAUAAGAUACUCAACCAAUGACGGGUCUGUAAAUUCCUCUGAGUUUCAGUGGAGUGGUUAUAUGUCACAACCCUCAAGCAUUUAACCCGUCUCCGGGAUGAGCUAUUCGAAAAGGCAUAUUGGGUUUAGCAGGCAUGCACAUGCCCCUUCGCUCCUGAAAACAGUACAGGGGAAAGUAAGGGCCCCAGGACCACGAAGACCAAAGAAGGAUGUGGCCGACGACGCUCCUCCCAUGAGCAGCUCUGACGAGGAUGAAAGCUUUUUCGGACCCACGGUGAAGAACGAGCCUUCAGGCUCAGGUAAUCAUGGCACGCCGACGACGAGAUAUGACUCUCCGCACGCGAAAUAUCAAAAACCCAUGACGCAGAAAGAGUCUGUGGACUCAGAUUCAGACGAUGAGAUCUAUAGUUUGAAACAGAACAUAAAGCCUACCAUCUUCUCAUCUCGGGACAAGAGUAAACAGGGAGACACCAGUGUCAACUACUCGAAACCACCUACAACAAGGAGAUCAACAGCACAGGCCAGCUCUGCAAGCUCAAAACGAUCUGCUCAGGAGAUGUGUAAGGACUCAGCAGACCAUAUGACAAACGAUAUCGGGUUUGUAAAAUCACAGAGCAGCAAGAAGGGCAGAGCAAGUUAUGGCAAAGCCUCACAAAAGCCACCACAAAGACUUGCCAAAUCUAAAGUCCCACGAGAAGAAUCGCUGUCGCCCAAGAAAGCAUUCAAGAGACCUCAAAUUUCAUUAAGUCCUAGUCCUCAGAAACCGACUGCUCCCAAGCGGACCCAAGGACCAUUUGUUGCCGAAUACUCUCCCAUGCGCAAUCCUGCUCCAUCGCGAUACCGUCCACCAAUGUUGCCUUCAGAUGACUGGCCUGCGCCUGAGAAGGGUGUUCGUACCAAGGUCAAACCCAACUCGGAUGAUAGUACAGAAUCAGAUCAAAGUUCUAAGAGCUCCAUCCGGGGGGUGACAACAAACCGAAUAGCCGAGAAAAAAACUCGAGCAAGAAAACAGAAGAGUCUAGUUUCAAAGGAAGAAUCACCUCCCAGGCCUGUAUUCCGGAGGUUCAUUAAAGGUGCUGAUCUGGAUGAUGAUGUGAAAGAAGCUCUGAGUACGCAUGCUCUGAAGCUGUUGGAUAACGCGUCGGAUAGGGAGGGUACCGGUGAAGCUUUAGCGUCUGGUGAUGAAUCCGGGAGUGAUAUUAGCAUCGAAGACACCCAGCUCUUUGGGCCACGAUGUCCAAUGUGCCAUGCACCUGUCGACCCGGAUAUGUUAAAGAAACACUCCAAUCAUGGCAGGAUGAACAUUAAGCAGCAAACUUCUUUCUGCAGACUCCAUAAACGGAAAUCGGCUCAGCGCGAUCGAUCAGCUCAAGGCUAUCCCGACAUCGACUGGGUAAAUCUAGAGGUGCGGCUGAUCGAACAUGAGACAUUUAUCAAAGAUAUUUUGCAAGGCGCUCGCUCUUCAUAUUACGCCUCUCUUCUCAACGACAAGGUGGAUACUGGACAGAAUCGAACACUGCUUAAGACUGACGACAGUCUCACACCUGGUUACUACGGGCCGCGAGGGCUUCGUGUGAUGACAGAGUUCAUUAUGCGAACAUUUUCAGAUACGGUACGAAAGCGCGCUGUCGAGGACAGACUAGUAUCAGCAAGAGGAUACACUGGAUAUGUGCAAGCAGUAUUGGUGCCCGAGCUAGCCAUUCGGCUUAUCAUGGAGGACAUGAAGGUCGGCGAGGAGGAUGCAAGGGUUAUCCUCCGGGACACUGUCGAACUUGGCGAUUUCUUGCACGAAGAAGCUAGGGACGUUGUUGUGAAAGCAAGCGACGAUGAGGAGGACUGAGUCUCGAAACCAUCGGACCUCAGAACCAGAGCUAUAGCUUAAACAGCCUAACUUUUAUGUGCAGUUACUAUCUAGUUGGAGUCAUAGCUAUGCAACACCACGGAGGGUUACUUUUGUGUUCACAUCAUCUAGCAUCAAAGCUCAGUAGCGUACAAUAAUUCUCUACCUAGGAAUUUAGGCUAUAGCUCAGAGGAUCGAAAUGGAUGGGAUUUCGACUAUUUGUCUCGCAAUGAUAGAUACCGGUACCGGGAAAGUAGUCGAAACCAUGCAGAACUGGCGCAGGUUAUUUGGACUGUAUGGUGCAAUCUCCCUGGGUAGUUGCUGGAUACUAGAUUUUGACAUGUUUUAC